AUGUCUUUAUUGUCUUAUGCAUCUUUUGUGUUAAAAAGAGCUGCUACAUUUCGUUAUCCUUUAAACAAAGCUGUUAGUCCAAUAAAAAUUAGUACUAAGCAGAGUUCACAAUCAGUUAUAACUAAAACUAUUCAUGAUGUGAAUACGAAUGUAGCCAAAGAUGUUAUACUAUUUAAGUAUGAAAACCCUAAAUUUUACAUGUAUAUGAACAUUUUUGCCGUUGUUCAGUACAUGUUUUGGACAUAUUUGGGUCUUUUUGCUUUGCAAAAUUUAAGAGAUGCCCCUGUAGAUGAAUCAAAGAUAACUGACGAUACUCCUUGGUUUAGAAAAAUUAAUUUGGGGCAAAACAAAUAUAGGAAUACCUUAGGAACAUUAUCAAUAAUCAUUGGUACUGGAUCAUUAGCAAUGAUAUGGAUGUAUACAUUAAAGUCAGUGCGAUACUUGAUUUUAAACAAAGGUGGAAAACAUUUAACAUUUGUUACAUAUGCACCAUUUAGCAAUAAUAGAAUUAUGAAAGUUCCAAUUGAAUUUGUAUGUUGUAAGGAAAACAGGAAGACGGCAAGAGUUCAGUUACCAGUAAAAGUUAAGAAUACUUUAAUGCAUUAUAUGUUGGAUAUGAGGGGCGAGUUCAAGAACCCCUUAUUGUUUGACUGUACUGCAGGCCUAAAGAGAGUAUGG